UACUCGUGGACACUCCUACUGACCCUCUAUGAGCCCUCAGCCGCCCUACGAUUGGCCGAAAGUAUGUCGAAGAAGAUCACUGAACUGUUGGACUCACCGGAUGUGGACCUGAGGAUAGCCGCCGGCGAAUGUAUAGCCGUUUUGUCGGAGAUUAGCCGCGAAUGCGAUGAGGAGUUCGAGUUCGAUGAGAUGGACUCCCUGUGCGAUAAGCUCCGGGCGUUGGCCACCGAUAGCCAGAAGUUUAGGGCUAAGAAGGAUAGGAGACAACAGAGAAGUAGUUUUAGGGAUGUAUUGAAGGCCGUGGAGGAAAGGGAACCGCUGAACAUGACUGUGAAGUUCGGAAGGGAACGACUCAUAAUCGACUCGUGGUGUCGGAAGAGACAGUACGACGCCUUCUGCUAUGUAUUGAAGUCCGGAAUGAAUUUGCAUUUAGCCGAAAACGAUUUGCUAAGAGAUAUCUUUGAUUUGGGAACUCCUCUGUCAUCACUUGAUUACACAAAUUCAAAGUUAACUAAAUUUGAAAGAAAUAUGUCAAACAUCGCCAGUUGUAAGGCUCGCACCAAAACCCGGGGCAAACUCCGUGACAAAAGGGCGGACAUUAUGGCUUGACUUUAGUGCUAAAGACUUGUUUAUAAUUUAGUUUAAUUGUAAUGCACUUUGAAUUUGUAUAUAUGAUUAGAUUAAUAUCUUAUGUAAUAAUUUAUUUUCAAACAAUUUCUGUAUUUUACUCCCUUUCGCUUGACUUUGAAACCAAUUAAUUGUUUAUCUAUUUUUGAAUAUAACGAAUCGAUAUUUUGUUUAAUGUAAUCAUAAUAAA